AAAUCAAUAAAUUAACUAGUAAAGCAUACUCUGACAAAAACAAACAUCAGAAUUUUUACAUUCCUUAAAAACACUUCUGUUUUUCUCCCCUCAAUUCUUUCUUUUGUCCAUUAAGGUAUUGGAAUCCAGCAAAAUCUCAGUGGUUCUUUGAUUCUUUAUAUGUUAAUGGUGCUCAUAAGCUAUAGUGUCCAAUAGUAUAUGGCCAAGUCCAACUGUUUCAGCUUCACUGCAUCAAGAAACUGGUUCCUCAAAUACUCUUUUUCAAAUUCUGGUUUAAAAUCAUCCACCACAGAUUUAGGUAAUGGUACUAUAAUCCACUGCUGGAUACCCAAAACCCAUAAAGAAAAAAAGCCCUCUUUAGUCCUCAUACAUGGGAUUGGAGCUAAUGCUAUGUGGCAAUGGAGUGAAUUCAUCAAACCCUUAUCAUCAAGAUUCAAUCUUUAUAUCCCUGACUUGUUGUUUUUUGGUGAAUCUUACACUUCUAGGCCAGAAAGAACUGAAUCUUUUCAGGCUGAGUGUGUUAUGAGGACUAUGGAGGGUUAUGGGGUUAAGAAAAUGGCUGUUGUAGGGUUGAGUUAUGGUGGUUUUGUGGGGUAUAGUAUGGCUGUUCAGUUUCCUGAGGUAGUGGAGAGACUGGUUCUUGUGUGUUGUGGUGUUUGUUUUGAGGAAAAAGAUAUGGAGAAUGGGAUGUUUCAAGUGAAGAGUGUUGAUGAGGCUGUUUCAAUUUUGUUGCCGCAGAGUCCUGAGAAGUUGAGAGAGUUGGUGAAAUUGUCUUUUUACAAGCCUAUCAAGAAUCUUCCUUCUUGUUUUCUCAAUGAUUUUAUUGAUUCUUUCAGUAACAACCUCUCCACCUUCUCAAAGGUAGGGAUAAGGUCUGGGCGCACACUACCCUCCCCCAGAAAGUUGCCAAAAGAAAACUAUCGAAAAAAACAAUUUUAUCCGACCUGCCGGAUUCGAACCAGCGACCUAAGGAUAUCUGAAAGGCUUACACCUACUACAGUCCUCCGCUCUACCAACUGAGCUAAGGUCGGUUGCAUAUAAAUCCUGCCUAGUGAUAAUAUUAUGAGGCCACCUAUCUUAUUAAAUUCCAAGAGUAUAUAUUCUCCAUCCACCAUUUCACAAAAAAAUGAAUUUGAGGGAUAUAAACUUUGGAUUAUUUAUGUAUGUUUGGUGAGUUUCUGGAUUUUCGUCCGAAGCAUGUUAUUAGUUGUUUCAACUGGUUUUGUUAUUCAUACUUGUUGACCUCAUGGUGUUCUUUUGCACCAUAGUUUUUCUGUAUGAUUCUGCAUUUCAUUUACUUAAGGCUUUCAGUUCUAGAUUUGAUGUCUACCUAUCUCUUUGCUACAACUCUUUUCUUCACCAUCUUUUUUCAAAUACACAGACAAUGCUGUCUCAAGAGUUUGAUCAAUGUGUAAUAGAAGAUUUGUUAUUGUUGGAUCAUGGCUGUCUUCCUUCUAUUGCUAUAUGAAAAUCUGAAUAUCUGUAUUCAAAGAUAUUUGUGACAAUUGGAUAGUUGUUUUCUUCCUUAUAUUCAUGAAUGAAAAUCCUGAUUUGUUUGUUUGUUGUUUGAUCUUGCCUGUAUAUUGGAAUCUGGAUGAUAUUGUAAGUUGGUCUUACUUAGAGAGUUCCAAGAAUGAAUUUUGUCUUCCAUCUACAACUUCAACUAUAUCAAGUUGAGGUGUAGUAAAUACUCUUGAAAUCUUUGUUGCUCGGACUCUUCAGAAAAUGUAACUAGGUGCGUGUCGGAUCCUCCAAAAUUAGUGUAUUUUUGAAGUAUCCAACACGGGUGCAGCAAUGUUUUUGGAGUCUGAGCAACAUAGCUUGAAAUUUGAUAUCUGAUUGGUAUAUGAAGACAUUAGUGACAAUUUAUUGCUUGUUGGUUCGUACAUUGGUAUAUAUAAACUAGUUGGUGUGUCUGUGGGUUUCUUACUGAGAUUUUAAGCCUCUGCCUGGAUUAAGAAAUUGGAGUUUGCAGGGAAUCUCACACUACUGAGACGAAAAUAUUUUUAUAGGGUGAUGUUUCCAAGAAAAAUGAUAAUAAAAUUUUUCCAUGCAUCACUUGUCAGAUGAGAAAAUAUUAUAUGAAUACCCUCUUCUCUAGAAUAGAAAUUAUAAAAAAAAAAUCAUACCCUCUUCUCUAGAAUAAAAAUUAUAUUGAAGAAGGAGAAAAAUAUGACAAAAAAAUAAUCAAAAUCCGACCUGCCGGAUUCGAACCAGCGACCUAAGGAUAUCUGAUAGGUUUUACCCCCACUACAGUCCUCCGCUCUACCAACUGAGCUAAGGUCGGUUGUCAUUGAUUCUUUCCAAUGUUGUUGUUUUCAAAACAUAAAAAUGUUUAUAUUGACUUGUUACAAGAAAAUGACUAAUGUAGUUUUGCUUCAAAGAAGCAUAUCUGUCUACCAAGGCGAGGACAAAUGAGUAGAAUCACCUAGUGUUUAUUUUGUCUCCGGUGGAAUCGAACCUAAGACCUCAUGGCUCUCAACCACUUCAUUGACCACUAAGGCCACAUUCUUUUAAUUACUUACUCUCAUGUUGUUCCUUUUGCACCAAUAAUAGUUCUUUCGGCAUUCCUUCUGCAUUUUUUAAACAAGUAGGCAUUCUUUCUGCAUUUUCAUGCCUAGUAUCAUUUUAAAGUUCUUGCUGUCGGUUUGUCUAUAUCAUCUCUUUCCUUCGCCUCCACCACCCUGGUGCCCCGUUUCUCUUUCUCAAAUAUUAUAUGUAGUAUAUACUCUUGAAAUUCGAUAGAUGAUUGGUAUCUCAAGACAUGUAUGACGGUUGGAUGUGUGUUUUUCUCUUACAUUUGUGUAGAGAAACUAGUUGUUAUGGGUCUAUGUUCUGCCUGGAUUUAGCAAAAUGGAAAUUGCAGGGAAUCUCACACUACUCACACAUGAACAUUAUUUUUAUAAGUUGCUAUUGCCUAUGAUAGUGGUAAUAAAUACUUUCCAUGCACCUCUUGUCAGAAUGGAGUAUAUUUAAAGGCAAACCCCUCCAGAUUAAAAUAGUUAUUUAAAAAAAAGAAGAGAAAGAACAUGGCAAAAAGAAUCAAUCCGACCUGCCGGAUUCGAACCAGCGACCUAAGGAUAUCUGAUAGGUUUUAGACCCACUACAGUCCUCCGCUCUACCAACUGAGCUAAGGUCGGUUUCUAUUGAUUCUUCCCAAUGCUGUAGUUUUGAAAACAUGAAAUACCUAUCUUGCCUGUUCGUUGGAUUCUUGAAAACAUUGUAAGGUAAUCUUAGUGAGUUCCAAGAAUGAAUAUUGUCUUUCAUCUCCAAUUUCAUAUAUAUGCAAUUGAGGAAGUUCUCAAAUUGUUUAUAAAAUGAUUGGUUCCGAGGGUCUUUUGGAAACAACCUCUUCACAAGGUAGGGGUAAGGUUUACGUACUUUCUACUCUCCCCUAAACCCCACUAGUGGGAAUACAAUGGGUAUGUUGUUGUUGGUUACCUUUUGGCCUGAAAUUUACAAUAUUUCUUCGACCAGCUCUCCUCCAAAGAAGAACAUUAACUAUGUGCAUUGCAUCCUUCUAAUAAUUUGUUCUCUUGUUGUUACUUUUGCACCACCAAUUAUCCCUAGGUAUUCCUUGUGCAUUUUUCAUGCAUAGUAUUGAUUUCAAGUUCUUGUCUGUUUGUUGAUUUAAUUCUUUUCCUCCCCUCCACCACCCUGGUUCUCCUUUCUUUAUCAAAUGUUAUGUCUGUAUAUAUUCUUGAAAUUCGAUAAAUGAUUAGUAUAUCAAGACAUUUGUUUGAGUUGAGUGCUUGUUUUCUGCCUGGAUUAGAAAAUUGGAGAUUGAAGGGAUCUCACACUACUGACGCAACACUGAAACUAUAUAGAUUGCUAUUGUUGAAGAAAUGAUAUUAAAUGUUGUUGUCAGAGUGGGACUAUAUUAUAUGGCUAGCCCCUCUUCUCCAGAAUAAAAUAAUUAUUUUAAAAAAGAGAAAAAGAAUCAAUCCGACCUGCCGGAUUCGAACCAGCGGCCUAAGGAUAUCCGAAAGGCUUACACCUACUACAGUCCUCCGCUCUACCAACUGAGCUAAGGUCGGUUGUUGUUGGUUCUUUCCAAUGCUAUGGUUUUAUAAAAAUUUAAGAAUGUCUAUCUUGUCUUGUUCUAAAAAUGAAUUUUCUGCUGAAUAUUGUUCAUCAGUUGCAUGAGCAUGAUCACUUUAU